CGCACGUGCGCAUCGAUCCAUCGAUUAAUAUCGAUUCUUUACCACACCCUUACUUGGAAAGCUACAUCGUGGAGUUGUUUUAAAAAAAAAGCACGGGAGAGCUGGUAAGAUGAGCUGCUGCCGCCUCUCGUAAAGGGAGCGCAGCAUAUGCCUGGAGACACGUCAGUCAUACUUUGACAAAGAAAAAAUGGGUGAGAAAUAUCAAGACUUCGACGUGGCCCUGGCUUUCCUGGGAAAAUACGGCCGCUUCCAAAUUCUGAUGAUCGUUUUGUUAAGUUUAACGGCCAUCCCGUGCGGCUACAUGGGAAUGCUGUCCGUCUUCAUAGCCGACACGCCGACUCACCGCUGCAGGACUUGGUUGAACUCCACAACUCACGACGGAGAUUCAGUCAGCCGGGCCGGACCCGAUAACUGUUAUCGGUACAAAGCGGACGCAAACUGGAGCGAAGCGGUCGAACCGAGCAAUGGCACGGAUCGAUGCGAGGAUGGAUGGAUCUUCAGUCCCGAGAGCCACACCAUCGUGUCUGAGUGGGAGCUGGUUUGCGAAAAUGCAUGGAAGGUCCCCUUCUCCACUUCCGUGUUCUUUAUCGGAGUCCUGUUCGGAGUUCUCGUCUGUGGUCAACUCUCGGACCGGUUUGGCAGAAAGUACGUGCUUUACUUCACCAUUUCCCUACAGUCGGUCACCGCGCUGAUCCAGGCCACCUCCGUCAACUGGGUCAUGUUCUGUGCUCUGAACUGUCUGAGAGGAGUGGGCCACGUGGCCUGCUUCGUGACAUCAUUUGUCCUUGGGUCAGAAAUGCUUGGUGAUUCUGCCAGAAUGGUCUACUCUCUGCUGGGCCAGUGUCUAGGUUAUAGCUUCGGUUAUGCUCUGUUGCCACUCUUUGCCUACCUCAUACGAAGUUGGAGGCUGCUGCUGGUUGCGAGUGCUAUCCCGGGCCUCGUCUUCAUUUUUACUUGGAGGGUGAUUCCUGAGUCUCCUCGCUGGCUUUUGCAGAAAGGCCGCGUGAAGGAGGCUGAAAUGGUUAUAUGCCGUGCUGCCAAAAUGAACAAAAUCCACGCGCCCGACGUCAUAUUUAAGACUGUCGAUGCCUCGGAAUUAUUGCAAAAAUCAGAUGAAGAUAAGCGGGUGUAUACCUUUAUGGACCUGAUACACACCACGAACCUGAGGAACAUUACAGGUCUUGGUUUCUUCAUAUGGAUUGCCAUCUCCAUGGUGUAUUACGGCCUCAGUCUCAAUACGAGUAACCUGAAAGGAAAUAUUUACCUCAAUUGCUUAGUGUCAGCAGCCACUGACGCAGUGGCCUACAUCGCCACGUUUGUUUUGAUUAACAGAGCUCCACGCCACAUACUCCUCUGUGUCAACCUGACGUUCUCUGGAUUGACACUCCUCGUGGUUAAACUUGUCCCACAGGACACGCACGUCGCAUUCCAGGUUUUGGUUCUCAUGGGGAAGUUGGGUGUGUCCGUGUGUCACAGCUUUAUCUUCUUUUUUUUCACUGAGCUGUACCCCACGGUGGUCAGGAACACAGGGCUGGGUGUUUUGUCCACAGCUGGACGCAUAGGCACUAUCUUCUGUCCUUACAUCCUCCACAUAGGAAUUUACAGCAAGGUUCUCCCUUAUAUUAUUUUUGGUUCAUUUAGCAUCAUUGCUGCUAUUUUGAGUUUGGUGCUCCCAGACACAAGAAACUGUAAAUUGCCUGACCUUAUCAGCGAAGCCAAACCCAUUCGACGCUUUUGCGUGCGAAAAGAAAAUCCCCUGCCUGCAACCCUGCAAGCAAGGAGUUCAGAGUGACGCAACAGCACCCUCUGCUGGCGCUUAAAUACUCCAUCCCGAACGAAGAACUCAUCAUGACCACAGUUUUGAAACCCGAAAGUGGUGUUCACACUCCUUUGUCUCGAAGACACAAAAACUGUUUGACAGCUGCUGUGUUUGCGUUUGUGUUCAGUUUCUCUUCGUUAAUUUUCCCUGAAAUUUGGCGCCCUCAAAUUCUGUAAUCCCUGCGCGCCAAAUGGAUUGAUGUCUCGUAGCUCUGCAGGAAUGAUGUUUACACUGCAGGGGGCAGCAUUUAGCCAAUGUUAGUCAUCACUUCCUGUUCGUGUUGUCAAACAUUACCUGCCAGCUAGGAGAAAGGCCAAGGAUUUGCAAAACACCUUUACUAAUGUUUGUCUUCCUGCUGUGUUAUGUAACACAUGAAUGUCAUUGUUAGCGACUUUUCAUG